UUUCUUUCAUAAGCUGACCGACUCUUUAUUUAUUACUUCAAAAGAAAAGUUCUUUUUAUUUACCUUUUUAUAAUUUUCAACUCCCAACUUGUGUGUGUUGUCCAUGAAUGUAUAUAUAACGGUCUGUUUAAGAAACUUGCUUUGGUACUAGUUUGUUCUUGUCACAAGUAUAUAUAUUGUAAACUUUUGAGUUCUCUUUUUGAUUAUUGCAUGUGUAUGGCGAAUUCAAGAGACAAAAUAUCUAACAGGAGAAGACAUGAAGAUAGGGAUAGAGAUGAUAAUUAUAAUGUGUUGGAAUCGAUGUUUUCGGGUAAUAUUAACAGGGAACGGGAGAUAUCAGUUAUGGUUUCUGCACUAACCAAUAUUGUUGUUGCUGGUGAAGAUCAUAGAGUAAUUAAUAACCAAGUCUUAUCGGCUGAUGAAAGUGGAGCAGCUGAGAAUAAUUUUGGUUCAGCUUUCUCUUCAGUUUCUUGGGGUGUUGGAGAAAAAAGAGGACGUAACGAAGAGCAAAGUGGCCAUCAUUUCUUACAUUUUCCAACUUCUGAUAUUAGAUCAUCAGGUGGUGAAGGUACACGCAUUAGGACAAUUACCAGCAGCACACCAACAGCAGAAGCAACAUUUAUAUGCACUUCAACAAAUGAUCAUCAAAAUAGCAGCAAUGAUCAAUCUAAUGGAGGAGAUAAUAGUAGUCAAUCAAGAAGAAGAUACAGAGGAGUUAGACAAAGGCCAUGGGGGAAAUGGGCAGCUGAAAUAAGAGAUCCAUAUAAAGCAACAAGAGUUUGGCUUGGAACUUUUGAUACAGCUGAUGCAGCUGCUAGAACUUAUGAUGAAGCUGCUCUUAAAUUCAGAGGUAGCAAAGCCAAACUCAAUUUCCCAGAAAAAGUUAAACUCUUGCCAUCUCCAGUAUUGUCUGAUUCUCCAAAUACACUUUAUUCCGUUUCUUCAUCGCCCGAUCCAAUAGUUCAUACUUCUCUGUAUCGUCCCAAUUUUAUUGGAUAUCCCCUAAGGGACGAUGAGCCAAUAGUUCACACUUCUCAGUAUCGUUCCAAUUUUAUUGAACGCCCCCUAAAGGAUCACACUACUCAUCAUCAAGCUUUGAAUAAUAAUACUGAUUUAAAUGCUCAAGUUUUCAUGAAUGAUGAUGAGUUUCAUAGGCUGCAUGUGCCUUAAUUUCCAAAUAUGUUUUUAUCUCCUAUUCAGCCACAGGUUCAUAUUCAGCCGGCCAGAUGCUAGUUAGAGCGAACCCGUAGCUGAAGCUCUAGCUCCGUCCCUGCGUCCGAGUAGUGGGAGCGGUUUUAAAGCUUCAAAUUCGGCUAAUUAUGGUCACCCUUCUUCUUCUUCUGGAUAAUAUUAUUGUACUUGAAUAUUUCAUCUUCUUAGAAGAUUUGACUAGCUAGCUAGCUAGUACAUUAAUUAUUUCCAUCACAUGAUGUGAUUUUUUUGAAUGUAUUAGUGAACAAAAAUUGGCCAACGUUGUCAAAACUCACAGGAGUACGUGGAUCAAGGUCUUCUUUUCCUUUUUGUUA